CGCAGAUUUCCCCUGCCACAGAUCUCGUCUCAGAAUGAAGCUCCUGGCGUCCCUCCUCGUCUCUUCACUGGGUGUCGUCAUAUCUGUCGCCUCGAACACCCGUCCUUUCCCACCAUCCCGUCCCCUCGCCCCUCGCUCUCUCCGCGCCGUCGGCUUCAUCCUGCUGCCACCACUGUCCUCACCAUCAUCACCGCGAUCACCGUCUGUGUCAGUUUCCGACGGUGGCAUCACGUCGCUGGAGGCGGUGCCGAAGAAGAAGACCAGCAGGUCCAGGCGCGACAAGCGAAGGAAGCAGUGGUACAAGCUGCCCACCAUGGCAAGGAACAAGGGGUGGAUUGAGCCGGUGAGUGCACAGGCAAGGAGAUCUAUCUGGUCAUGGGAGCUGUGGAAUCAUUGUGUUUCGGGUGUUGGCUGUGGUGUGUGCAGGACACGAAGAGCAACAUCGAGCCUGGGUGGCUGGUGGCACCGCCAGCACAGUGAUUUGCAAUGGUGGGGGUGGUGCAUGGGAUGGCAUGGCUGCCUUGUCUUUCGGCAGCUCAUAUCCUGCCUCGGUGUGUAUAGUCGAUGUGAUAAGAGAGAGAGAUGAGCUUUAGGGCUUUUCACUAGGCUGGCAUUAUGUGUGUGGUGGCGUGCUUGAACUGAUGUAUCUCUGCCGUUGUUGUCGUCGGUGUGGAGCCGUCGGUUCACAUGCCGGUGGCUGCGUGCGGAUGAGGGCGGGGGCAGAGAUCCGUCAGAGGGAGCAUGAGUGGAGUGUGUGUGCGGACCAUACGGCAGCUGCCGCAUGCCAUGACCAGAGAGAAGGAAGGCUGAUCUGUUUCUGUC